CCUACCUCUGUUCUAUAUAUUCUCCCCUCAAUAAUAUCAAAAACCUCUUCCUCCUUUCUUCUUCCUCCUACUUCUAGAUUUCUGGUUUUCUUUCUACAUUUCUCUCUCUCUUCUUUCUCUCUCUAGAUUCUUCCUAAAGCCCCUAGUUUCUGUUCCCCUGUUUCUGCUCUGUUUUUGGCUUAAUUAAAGUCCAAAAAUCCGAGCUUUUUUCUCUUGAAAGAGAAACCCCUUUAUAAAAAUCCAAUCUUUUCUUGUUAUUUGCAUGAAGAUCCAAUCUUUAUUGUUCUUGAGAUCUGAAACUCUGUUUUAUUUCCUCUAAUUUGCAGUUUGUGCUAAAGAAAAAUCUGGGUUUUUAAUGUAUGAUAUUAAUGUCUCCAGUUCUUAGUGAAAUUCUUCGUUCUGGGUUUAUGAUAAAUUCCUCUUUAAGGCGCAGGACCCACUUAGUUCAAUCUUUCUCUGUUGUAUUUCUUUACUGGUUCUAUGUUUUCUCAUAAAUUAGCCUCUCAAUUAGCUUGAUUUUAAUCUUUUAUAUUUAGUUAUAAUUUCAUAAAACCAAACAAAAAAAAAACCCUUUUAUUAUUAUUAUUAUUAUUAUUAUUAUUAUUUUUAUUAUUUUUUUCAAAAUUUCUUCAUCUGGGUCCUGCGUCCUGCUAAAUUGUAUAGAUUCAUAGAUUACCAAAAAAAAAAAAAUCCCAUCUUUUAAUUGUGAUUAAAAAAAAUGGCAAGUUCGAGCAACAAUUCGGCGACGAGCAGUCAGAUUCAGAACUCAGGAUCUGAAGGAGAUUUACAGCAAAUGAUGGAUGAGAGGAAAAGGAAGAGAAUGGCAUCAAACAGAGAAUCAGCAAGAAGAUCAAGAAUGAGAAAACAGAAGCAUAUUGAAGAUCUGAUGGUCCAAGUUGAUCAAUUAAAGAGAGGAAACAAUCAGAUUCUUCAAACUACAAAUCUCACAACUCAACAAUUUGUUAAUGUUGAGGCUGAAAACUCUGUUUUAAAAGCUCAAAUGAAUGAGCUUAACCAAAGACUUCAAUCCCUCAAUGAUAUCCUCAAUUACAUGAAUACCCUUACUACUGGGGUUAACGGUAACGGUCACGGUAACGGUAACGGAAACACCGCCUUUGAGGAUGAUUCUUUGGACAUUUUUAGCCAUGAUGAUUUGGGUGAUUUUGGUGUUAUCAAUGGGUAUUAUGGUAAUUUUACUCAUAAUACUAACAAUGUUAUUAUUGGUGCUAAUAAUCCAUGGAACUUGGGUUAUCUCAACCAACCUAUCAUGGCUUCAGCCGAUGUCCUCCAAUACUAAAAAAAACUCUAAAAAAAAAACAUAAAUAAAAAAAGCUCUCUCAUUAUUUUUAGAUUUUUUUUUUAGUAUUUGUUGGAGAUAAAAAUUAGGCGCGGGUUAUUAUUGCAAAUCAAGUUCCGCGAGGGUAUGAUAUAAUUAAGUGGAGGGCUAAUUCCAUUUUUUCUUUUAAAUCUUUAUAAUUAGUAUCAUCAAUAUAUCAUCAAGUGACACUACAAGGGGUAGGUGGUCCAUUUUAUGAUGGAAGAAUUUGUUGUUUAAAAGGAUAUUCACGUGCAAAUGACGGCUCUAUGGUGUUCUAGAAUGAUGUAUUUAAGUUGUUGAAUGUAAAUUUUACCUUGGAAGCCUUUUUUGACGAGGUUUACAUGAGUAAAACUUUGUGAUGUAAGAAUUGAUUUCCAUUAUAGCUUUAGGCUAGGGCAAUCAAUGGGGAUGAUGAUAUUGAUGAUGUAAUUUGGAAUCUUAAGAUUUUUAUAUUAUUGAUCAUAUUAGCGACCUUAAUCAUGUUGCUUUGUUUAA